GUUUUUUUCCUUGCUAAAUUUUUUUUCCCUUAAAAAAAAAGCAUGGCCCACAGUUUAUAUGACUCCCUGCCUCCCAUACCUAUUGAGACUGUCUGGAUUGACAAGAGGAUAAUAAAGGUCAACCGUUAAACAAGAGGGAAAAACAGGAAAAAGUUUUCCAACAGGUCAAUUAGUUUCAUCCUUCCUUUACGCAUCUCCGUUACCUGCGCAAAGGCAAUCCGCACUCCACCCUGACCCGUGACCCCUGACCAGGUUCUUGAGAGAGAACCAGUGUUUCGUUUCCCGGAGAAGAGCCCAAGAGUUCAACUCUGCAAAACGUGCCCCGUCCCUCUGACAAGAGAAUCGCGAUUCAAUAUGCCAGUGCCGCCAGCAAAUAAUGCGAGUGCUCUUCGGACGAGUUGGCAGGACCAACUUAAAAUCUACUGCAAGAACCAUAGACUCUCAGAACCCGUAUUUAACAUUUUCACCGAAUCACGAGGUAAACGCACGGCUUGGUCCUGCGUCGUCAGGGUCCAAGCAAAGGAGUAUCCGGCCCAAUUCUGGUACGACGGCGAUCACCUCAAUAAUGCCAAAGAAGAUGCUGCCGAAAAAGCCCUGAAAGUACUCUGUCCACAGACGCCCCGUGGUAACACCAGUUACCUGGGUCAAAUAUACGCAAACCAGGGCUGCUGAGCGACACUCCGGGCUUUCUGGGUGGCUGUAACUUCUUUUUUGACGGUGCUUCGACCUUGCCGUUCAUUCCGGUUUUUGUUUCCCUUUCUCCCUUUCUCUUUCCUCUUCGCUUCGAAAGAGCUCUUCGAAUUCGGUUUUGCAGACGUGUACAACAUCUCCGGCUGUCGACCUAUGCAUCUUUGAUUUUACAAUGCAGACAUUCUGGCAACACCCAGGUGGGGUAAGGGUACGAUUAGGGGCGCACAGAGUAUAAGAAUGCAGAUAUUGCCUUUCCCUCUGUGGUGUUACGACCUUAAGCACAAGGAUGCUUGCAGGUUCAUUUGCCCUGCUCUACUCGGAUGUCCUGUUUGGACUUUCAUGAUUUUCUUUUUCUUCUUGGGUGCAAGCUUUCUCAGACGAUGGCUCAGUUGACUGUCAUGUUUGAAGGUGCUGGUAUUACUUUUCCCCCCUUCGUCUUGUUCUUUUUUCCUUUCUUUCUGAUUUAGCUCUUCUACUUUUAUUUUCCCUUGUCUAUUAUACAGACGGUCCAGGUUGCGUACGGGUAUUAUGGCACGAUUAUAUUUGACGACAGACACACACAGACAGACGGACAGACGGACGGACAGACAGACAGACAGACAGACAGACAGACAGACAGA